UCGUCUCCCCAGCAGCGGACCUUUGUGCAUGUCUACUUCGGUUUCUUCUUCCCCUUGUGUAGAUGUUCUGUCAGGAAAGGAGCAUGGAGAUGGAGGAACGGUAUGGUGUGAAGCCGAACCUUUGGUGGUCGAUAGCCUCGGUGGGGGAGUUUUGUGCAAACAUGCCAGAGAAGAUCUUUUUUGUCUUCAUGGCGGACAUCACCAAGUGUUUCGAGAUAAUCCCCACGGACGGCUCAGAGGAUGGCCUACCGAUGGCGGUGAGGUUCUACGUGCAGAGUGCGAUGCAGGUGAGGAGGAAGAGGAGCUCGUCCCACAUCAUUCAGGUCAGAACUGGGAGGGGCGGCAAGUUCUGGCCUUCGUGGGUGGAUGGCGAUCAGGCCGAUGGAGAUGGGACGAUGCUGUUCAAGGAGGAGGAUGUCUUCUGGCUCACUGAGUGGUGCAUUGCCAAUAGCGUGCUGCACAUGGGGGACUACGUGUGGAGGCAGGUCAGAGGAAUCCCCAUGGGUCUGGCCUGCUCCCCAAUCUGGUGUGAUAUAUACUUCUUCAAGUAUGAAUACCACGCUAUGAUGAGGUUGGCGGAUACCGGGAAUGCCCAUCUGAUCCCGUAUUUCUCGGACACCUUCACAUAUAUCGACGACUUGGGCGUAAUCAAUAACACCAUCAUCGGGAGCUUCAUAAGGAAGAUGGAGGACAGGGCGGAGAACGACCCUUUAUGGAUCUAUCCGGACGAGUACAUCGAGCUCAAGGAGAAUACUGAGGUCGUUAUGGAUGGGUACGGCCGAAGAGCCAACUUUCUCAGUGUGACCAUCACAAUCACCUCCUCGGAGACGGGCGCGUACAUUACCUCCAAACACGACAAGCGAGAAGGACUGGGAUUUACCCCAUGUAGAUUCGUGAAGUACAAGUCUAAUAGGAGCGCUAGGCAGGCGUUGCAGGUUAUCACAGCCCAGGUCAUGCAGAUCGUACUACUAUGCUUUGAGCCUGGUGAUGCGCCCAUGGAGAUCAACAAGGUGGUGACCACGAUGAGGGACAACGGUUUCGCCAGGGAGGCUUGUUGGGGCGUGGUUAGAAAGACUCUACGCAACGCAUAUCGCUACCAGCCUGACAGGGUUUCCGUGCACACGGUCAGGGAAACACUGACCAACAUGUAUGGUUUCACUGACUAAUUACGUUUUCCGUGUGCGUGGAUGUGUCUGUGAAUGUGCGUAUGUGUGAUGGGUGUCCGGAGACGACAGGGCCAAGAGG